AUGGUUGUUCCUGUCUCAUCAGGCAGAUCGAGGCCAGUGUUAUUCACUGCCGUUCAAAAACGACCACUAGGCAUAGCGACUCAUCCAAGUCCGUCGGCGGAGAAGCUGGAAAUUGUCGAAAAGCUCCUCGAGCCUAAUCUAGGUGCUAUUAUUGAUGCUUAUUUCCACACAAUCAACAAGUGUGUGCCGCUUCUAGACGAGGGCUCUUUUCGGCGGCAGUUCAAGGACCACAAAGAAAAAAUAUCACCGGCAUUGCUCGCAUGCCUCUAUGCCCACAUGGUAGUGUAUUGCAUUAAUUCACCUCCAUCGGCCAGUCGGACAUGGCCUGAUGGGAGGUUCAUAUGGAAUCUCGCGAAUGAAGCGCUAUAUUCUGAGUUGCAUUUGUCGCCUGGCGUGUCCAUAAUCACUGCUAUACUGCUCAAUGUGGGAGGCCGUCCCACAACUUCUCUGAUCGGCAACGGCAUUCUCCUGAGUUCGGCGGUGUCGAUAGCACACUCACUUGGAUUGAAUCGCAAUCCGCUAGAUUGGGAUAUACCUACACCAGAAAAACAUCUCAGGAUGAAAAUUUGGUGGGCACUAUUCGUUCACGAUAAAUGGACGAGCUUGGCGCAUGGCACGCCACCACGCAUCGCGCAGUCGCAUCAAGACGUGCCGCCCCCAACGGUGCAAUUUCUAUGCCAUCCUGACUCAACAGAAAAAGAAUUACAAGUGGCAUCAGCUUUCAUUGCACUGGUCGGGCUGACCGGUGUUCUCAAUGUAUCACUGCAACAAAUAUACAACACAGAGAAACACAAGAGCAGGAGCACACUUCAAAUUGAGUUGGCAUUGCACGCAUGGGUAGAUUCCUUGGUGGGAGUUUCCCGACGAAUAAUUGUCCGAGGCUCAAAUUUGGACUUGCCUGGAGCCUCGAAUCUCCGUUUAACAUACCUGAGCAUGAAGCUGCUCCUAGACAAAAUCAAGCUCGAGUCUGCAAAGCAAGAUUCCGACUGUUCGGAAGAGCAGGUAAUAAAUAUUUAUUUGCAAGGCCGUCAGUCAGCGGAGCAAAUACUCAGCUUCACUCAAGAUCUUCAGGCUACACAACUAAAUGAUUUCUGGCUGUCAGUCGGCGCAUUUACCUAUCCAAGCACAGUCAACUUCUUGCUCCGCCACGCACUAGAGACUGAAAGCUCACCGUCUGGCCUCGCGGAUACUUUAUCUUUUCAACUUGCGAGGCAAUUCAUUGAGAUACUACGUCUCCACAAAGAACACCACGGUUGGGAUAUGGGUGAUGUGUGCCUCGCACAACACGGCGAGAUAGUCGACAAGGUGCUCGCAAAUGCGGCGGCAGACAAUCUUUGCGCGGAUGACAUGUUUGACCUUCAAGACUUUCUCGUGCAGGAUGCGUCCAUCUUGGAUCAGUACUUUUCUGGUCUUUGGGACCCGCCACAGAACCUCUGA